AUCACGUAGCGACACUUUAGUCUUGCUCUGCCAGGGACAUGCGCUUCUCGUCCGCCCUUGCUCAGCCAUUGCAAGACGUGAACAACAUCGCAAAUUGCAUCUUGGCAUUCUGCCCCUCCAGAUGUCCAGUCACAGGCCUGUAUAUGGGCAGGACGAGUUCUUUAGGGCACACGAGGUGAACAUAGGAGAAGAUCUCCCGGCUGCCAGCUCGGAUGGGCGUCUUUGCGUAGCGUUCAAGCACACAAAGCUCCACUCCGUUUUCAUCAUCGAUCUCGACCUGCAACGCUUGUCCGAGACCGCUCGAAAGCACCCAUUCGGCAACGUCGGCUCUCGCUUGCUGAUGCAAACCGCGGCGUCUGAGGUGAGCGACAUCCAAUUGGACGCUUGUGGAGCUUUUCUACUCAGUUCCAAAGGCCUGCUGGGAUUUGAUCAUCAUAGUCUACUGGAUGUGGAAGCAAGCCAAGGAACGACCCUCGUUGACAACGGCGCUCAACGUGUACGAGGAGGUGCUACUGACGCCAGCGAAGGAACGACUCUCGUUGACGACGGCGCUCAACGUGUACGAGGAGGUGCUGCUGACGCCAGCUAUGGCGAUGUCUCUGACUCGUCAUUCUGGACGGAUAGUGAGGCUGAAGAUUCAGAAUCCGAAGACUUCUGAACUCGAACGCAAGCAUGUGCAUGGCCGUGCAAAUUUCGAAGAAUCGGCGCAGAGUUGACCGACCUGUUGGACAAGAAGAUGGCGGGCACCGAUUAGAAAGAGAUCCAGAGCGCAGCAUGAUAGCACCACGAUAGCCCUGCGAAGUGCUGGCAUGCC